AUUAUUUGGUUUUUCUUUCCCGUGUCCAAAUUUCCCUUUCCCGUGUUAUCUCUCUUAGUUCUUUCUCUCCAUGCCAAGUCUUUUCACUCUCUUUCUCUCUCUCUCUCUCUCUCUCAAACUCAAACCCUUACUCGAUUCAAACACACCAUCAAAUUCAAUGUCGCUAUUUCUAAACACUACCAACGUUUUCUAACUGACGCCACUUGAGCGGCGCCACGUCAUCACCACCACCACUACUCCUAUAGCCACCGCAGCCACCACCGGAACAUGGUCUUCAAGGGGAGAUUCUUCUCCUCCAAGAAAUCCGAUUCCGAUGGCUCCUCCAACAGUCCCCGAUCCCUCCCCUCUAACUCCCCUUCCAGAUCCGACAAGAAGAAGUCCAAAUCCCUAACUCCUCCCGCCGCCGCCGCCGCACCCGUCGCGUGCCGGCAGACGCAGGUCAAGGACGCGACCACCAAGAAGAAGGACGCAGUUAAGGGGAAGGAAGGUCAGGCUCCACCUGGCGGCAAGGAUUCCGCGUCUUCAUUGAAGUCUAAGAAGUCUUUGACGGCGGCGGUGGCGGCAGCGGCUGCGGCGGAAGGAGGAGUCAAGGAUUCUACGUCGCCGUCGUCGUCGUCCUCGGUGUCGGUGUCGCCGAUCCUGGCUUCGUCGCUAGGGUUGAACAGAAUCAAGACGCGAUCGGGGCCGUUGCCGCAGGAGAGCUUCUUCGGGUUCAGGGGAGAUAAAGGUCCGGCUGCGGCUCUCGGUGCUAGCAACCUUUCGAGGCCUGGAGGUGGCGGCGGCGACGGGAGUUCGGGUUCCGGCAGCGGCGUGAAGAAGAAAGAGGGCAGAGUAGGGUUUCAGGAGGGUUUCGCAGCGGGUUCUGGCACCGGUUGGAUUGAUAAUGGGAGCAAUUCAGAUAGUAUGUCCACCGGGAGUGGACCUUCUAGGGAGCAGAGCCCGAUUGUGUUGCCAAGGUCGCGGCUGCAGAACGGAGAAUCAUCCUCCGAUGCAGGGAGACAGACUUCGUCAUGGGCUCACACUGGAGGGGUAAGAGGCCCUGAUUGCACUCCUGAGACAGCAUAUGAUUACGAAAACCCCAAGGAAUCUGAAUCUCCUCGCUUUCAAGCUAUCUUGCGGGUCACAAGUGCACCCCGAAAGAGGUUUCCCGCAGACAUCAAGAGUUUUUCUCAUGAGUUGAAUUCCAAAGGUGUCCGACCUUUUCCGUUUUGGAAGCCUCGAGGGUUAAAUAAUGUGGAGGAAGUAUUGGUUGUUAUAAAGGCAAAAUUUGAUAAGGCAAAGGAAGAAGUGAACUCUGAUCUGGCUAUUUUUGCAGCCGACCUGGUUGGAAUUCUUGAAAAAAAUGCAGAUACUCAUCCUGAGUGGCAGGAGACAAUUGAGGACUUGCUGAUUUUGGCUAGGAGCUGUGCUAUGUCUUCGGCUGGGGAGUUUUGGCUGAGGUGUGAAAGCAUAGUCCAGGAGUUGGAUGAUAGGCGUCAAGAGCUCCCUCCAGGGAUGCUAAAGCAGCUUCAUACUCGAAUGCUAUUUAUUCUUACUAGGUGUACUAGAUUAUUGCAGUUCCACAAGGAAAGUGGUUUGGCCGAGGAUGAACAUGUUUUCAAUCUCCGUCAAUCUAGAGUCUUGCAUUCUGCUGAAAAGGCUGUUCCCCCUGGUUUGGCAAGGGAUGUUAAAAGCUCUAGUGCUGCAAAAGCCUCAAAGUCCUCAACCAAAAAGGCAUAUAGUCAGGAACAAAGAACGUUGAAUUGGAAGAAAGGAUUGAAGGAGCAUGGUUAUGGAAAGGUUGAACCACCGAAAACUUCAAGUAGUAAGAGAUUCAGUUCCGAUGGUGAUCUUUCUUCUGCUAAGCCACCUGAGCUUCUUCCUGCCAAAGAUUCCCAGGAUCAUGCUUCCAAGCACCACCAUAAAGUUUCCUGGGGAUACUGGGGAGAUCAGCAGAAUAAUAGUGAGGAAAGCUCAAUAAUUUGUCGUAUAUGUGAGGAAGAAGUAGCUACUUCACAUGUUGAGGAUCAUUCAAGGAUUUGUUUAGUUGCUGAUCGAUGUGAUCAGAAAGGUCUGAGUGUUAAUGAACGUCUUGUUAGAAUCGCUGAAACACUAGAAAAGAUGGAGUCAUGUACACAAAAGGAUACCCAACAAAUAGUGGGAAGUCCAGAUGUUGCAAAAGUGUCAAAUUCAAGCAUGACUGAAGAAUCUGAUGUAGUUUCCCCUAAACUUAGUGAUUGGUCUCGCAGAGGAUCAGAGGAUAUGCUAGACUGUUUCCCUGAAGAUGAUAAUUCUGUGUUUAUGGAUGACCUAAAGGGUUUACCACUUAUGUCAUGUAAAACUCGUUUUGGUCCGAAGUCUGAGCAAGGUAUGACAACAUCAUCUGCAGGGAGCAUGACUCCUAGGUCUCCUUUAAUGACACCAAGGACAAGUCAGAUUGAAAUGCUCUUGGCAGGAAAGGGUGCUUACUCCGAACAUGAUGAUCUGCCACAGAUGAAUGAACUUGCUGAUAUAGCACGCUGUGUCGCAAACGCACCUCUGGAUGAUGAUCGCUCAACAUCAUAUUUAUUAUCUUGUCUUGAUGACUUACGAGUUGUUGUAGACCGGAGGAAAUUUGAUGCACUUACUGUGGAGACCUUUGGAACACGUAUCGAGAAGCUGAUACGUGAGAAGUAUUUGCAGCUUACUGAGAUGGUGGAUGUAGAAAAGAUAGAUAUGGAGAGCACUGUAAUGGAUGAUGAUGUCAUCUUGGAAGAUGAUGUGGUCCGUAGCUUGAGAACAAGCCCAAUCCAUUCUUCAAGGGACCGUACCUCUAUUGAUGACUUUGAGAUCAUAAAGCCUAUAAGUCGUGGGGCAUUUGGACGGGUUUUCCUGGCCAAAAAGAGAACAACUGGUGAUCUUUUUGCAAUUAAGGUUCUGAAGAAGGCUGACAUGAUUCGUAAGAAUGCUGUGGAAAGUAUAUUAGCAGAACGUGAUAUCUUAAUUACAGUUCGGAAUCCUUUUGUGGUUCGUUUCUUCUAUUCUUUCACAUGCCGUGAGAACUUGUAUCUUGUCAUGGAGUAUCUUAAUGGAGGUGACCUAUAUUCGUUAUUAAGGAAUUUAGGUUGCUUAGACGAGGAAGUUGCUCGCGUGUAUAUUGCUGAAGUGGUUCUCGCAUUAGAGUAUUUGCAUUCACUACGGGUGGUUCAUCGAGACUUGAAACCUGACAAUUUACUGAUCGCCCAUGAUGGUCACAUUAAGCUAACAGAUUUCGGGCUUUCCAAAGUCGGUCUCAUCAACAGCACGGAUGAUUUAUCUGGUCCAGCAGUGAGUGGGACAUCCUUGCUUGGGGAGGAUGAGCCUAACAUGUCUACAUCUGAGCAUCAAAGGGAACUGAGGAAGAAAAGAUCUGCUGUAGGUACCCCUGAUUAUUUGGCGCCAGAGAUUCUUUUGGGAACUGGACACGGGUAUACGGCUGAUUGGUGGUCUGUUGGGGUCAUUUUAUUUGAGUUGCUUGUUGGUCUUCCACCUUUUAAUGCAGAGCAUCCUCAGACUAUAUUUGAUAAUAUUCUUAAUCGUAAGAUACCUUGGCCUGCAGUUCCUGAAGAAAUGAGUCCUGAAGCUCAAGAUCUUAUUGAUCGAUUAUUGACUGAAGAUCCUAACCAAAGACUUGGAGCUAGAGGUGCAUCAGAGGUGAAAGAACAUGUUUUCUUUAAGGAUAUAAAUUGGGACACACUUGCUAGACAGAAGGCUGCAUUUGUUCCUGCUUCUGAGAGUGCUCUAGACACUAGUUACUUCACUUCUCGCUACUCAUGGAAUACUUCAGACGGUCUUGUAUAUCAUGCAAGUGAUGCUGAGGAUUCUAGUGAUGCUGAUAGCUUAAGUGGUAGCAGUAGUUGCUUGAGCAAUCGCCAAGAUGAAGUGGGAGAUGAAUGUGGGGGUCUUGCUGAGUUUGAUUCCAGCUCAUCAGUCAACUACUCUUUUAGUAAUUUCUCUUUUAAGAAUCUCUCCCAGCUUGCAUCAAUCAACUAUGAUCUUCUCUCCAAGGGAUGGAAAGAUGAUCCACCAGCAAAUCCCGGAGCAUAGCUUUCUUUUCUUCUGUCGAAGUCCAGAAUUCGGUGUUUAGACAUCGUCCAAGCAAUUUUGGGUGCACAAGCACCUUUGUCAUCUGUACACAUUGUAAAUAAAUUCUAGAAGCUCAAACUGAUUCAGGAUGUACUCUCUGCUUAUUAGGUCACAGGAACUAACACUGGGUGGUUUUCAAUUUUUCGGUUUUGUUGUAUUGUAUGAAUUUGAGGACUGUAAAUGUUAAAAUGCAUACCAGUGUUGGUUGCUCACAUUGUUUCUUGUGGUGCUUUCCUUAAUAUAAUGCAGCACUGAGGGCACAUCCCGUUUUGUUCAGCUACUGUAAUAUUAUUUACUUGUAUAAUUGAGAUGUGAAUUAUCUUUCUAA